CGGCGCGGUCACAUGACCGGCGGGCGGAAGAUGGCGGAGCCGCCGGGCGCCGCCGCCGAGGACUCGUGGGGGAAGGUGGACGCGGCCUACGGCGACAAUGGCCUGGACUCCGCACUCUUCAUGGAAAAUGCCCGGAAAAGCAGCAUAGUGUCCCGGGCCAACAGCAUCGGCUCCACCAGUGCCUCUUCUGUCCCCAACACAGAUGAUGAGGACAGUGACUACCAUCAGGAGUCCUGCAAGGAGUCGUACAAGGACCAGCGCCGCCGGGCGCACACCCAGGCCGAGCAGAAGCGCCGAGAUGCCAUCAAGAAAGGCUACAACGACUUGCAGGCCAUCGUUCCCACCUGUGAGCAGCAGGAUUUCUCCAUCAGCUCACAGAAGCUGAGCAAGGCCAUUGUGCUCCAGAAAACUAUCGACUACAUUCAGUUCUUGCACAAGGAAAAGAAAAAGCAGGAGGAGGAAGUUUCUACCCUCAGGAAAGAUGUGAUGGCCUUGAAGAUCAUGAAAGUGAACUAUGAGCAGAUUGUGAAAGCUCAUCAGGACAACCCGAAUGAGGGGAAGAACCAGAUCUCUGACGAGGUGAAGUUCAAUGUUUUCCAAGGCAUCAUGGACUCCCUGUUCCAGUCCUUCAAUGCCUCAGUCUCUGUAACGAGUUUCCAGGAGCUCUCAGCGUGUGUCUUCAGCUGGAUUGAGGAGCACUGCAAGCCCCAGACGCUGCGGGACGUUGUCAUCGGGGUCCUGCACAAGGUGAAGAGCCAGCUCUACUGAGCUCCCGUGCCACUUCUGUGCCCGUGGGGAUGGGGCGCUUCUGCCAGAGGCCAGGGUGCCAGGCACCACCCUGGGCCCUCUCCCUUGCGGCUGUUUUUAAGGUUCUCUGAAUUAUUUAUUGUAUUCCUUCUGAAGCCCAACAGUGGCUGUGCAAACACUGCUGCUCCAUUUGGUGCCACCAAAUCUUUAUAGGGACUGGGCAGGAGGGGAGGGAAAGGUGGUGAGGAGCAGUCUCUGGCUCAGGCAGUGCCAUGGGGUUGCCUGUGCCACCGACUCUCCUUGCAGAGCUGAUCCUAUAGCAGCUCCACUCUGUGCCCUCAGGCCUGUGACAGCCCUCCUAUCCCCAGGGUGGGAAAUGUGACAAAUGCAUACUAAAAACAAUGGCUUUCUGGUAUAGCAGUAGGAGUUGCUUUUCCCUGACCCUCUGGGCUGUCCCCUGCCCCUCUGAAGCAGCUGUUUAAGUCAGCUAUUGCAUUUUGGAGGAGCCUGGCAGUGUUGGCAGCAGGAUGAGCCCAUCAAGAGCUGGGAGCUGUGGCCUUGGCAGCACAUGAUAGGACCUUGCUGAACCCCAAGCGUGCUGCAGCCGUGAGUCCCUGGAAAGGAACAGAGGAUGUUCCUGCAACUGCUGGAACAUCUCUCCUUUUCAGAAACUGGCUGUACUGCACAGGAAGGUUCUGCAGCUGUAGCAUAGUAUGGGCACGUGCACUUGCUGCUCCUCCUUAGAACUUUUAUACACAAUCAUACAUGACCAGCCUCAAUUUGAUUUCUGUUACUGUAAAUUUUGAAACAGUCCCAGAGCGCUGCCUCUGCCAGCAGUAGAAGCAGCUGCUAUCGGGGACAUGUUUGACCCUGUCCCAUGCCCAGUUUGGGUCACAGCUCUGCUCAGGUGAGGGCUGGUCACUGUCCAGAGUGAUGGGACCAGGGUGCUGCCAGCAGCAGGCUUUGUUCUCCAUAACCAUGUUUGUGCUCCUGCUCCAGGGGCACAUCCAGGGAAUGUUUAUUUCAGGCAGUUUUUCCAGCACUGAGGAGGGAGCACUGCCUCCUGCCUUGGGAAGAAGACGUGGAAUUUUACAGACCUCACACGUGGAAGUGAUGUAUUUUUCUAUUGUGAAAAGUAAUUAAAUAAAUUUCAAUGAA